GGGAAGGAAUUACCCAUCAAACCUUGCGCACUGCAUYCAAGAUGGCGCAGAUCACUACGAGAUUUCUUCGAGGUCGAAUUUCGGCCUUGAGUCGUCAGGUCGYUCGUCCAUUUUCGSUGGGCAGCGCUAACAAUUCAUACAAAUAUGUUGUCGAAGAGGCACAAGAUACACCUAUGGACAUGAAGACUUCAACAGAUCGUAAUGCAACAACGUUGUUUUUUAGUGAACUGCUUCGUGGACUUGGAAUAACGUUAAGCAAGAUGUUCCAAGAACCAGCAACGAUCAAUUAUCCAUUUGAAAAAGGACCUCUGAGUCCAAGGUUCAGGGGGGAACAUGCACUAAGGAGGUAUCCCUCUGGAGAGGAAAGAUGUAUUGCUUGUAAACUCUGUGAAGCUAUCUGUCCUGCUCAGGCAAUAACUAUUGAAGCAGAAGAAAGAGCAGAUGGCAGUCGGCGUACAACACGUUAUGAUAUUGACAUGACAAAAUGUAUUUAUUGUGGGUUCUGCCAAGAGGCUUGCCCUGUAGAUGCCAUCGUUGAGGGUCCAAAUUUUGAGUUCUCUACAGAAACUCAUGAAGAACUCUUGUAUAACAAAGAGAAACUACUAAACAAUGGAGACAGAUGGGAAACUGAAAUAGCUGCAAACCUUCAAGCUGAUUUUCUGUACAGAUAGAUAAUGUCUUCGUUGUUGCAUUGAUAAAUUAGUGUCACCAAUCUCUGUUUUGAAAAUGGUGAGUUCAUAGGACAUGGAAUCUGGGACUGAACUAAAGGACCUCCAUUUACCUUUAUCUUAUAUUGAUCAUGAGUUCAGGCCUAUUAGGUAUUACAUGUGUUAACAGCUAAGUAAAUAUGUAACUUUCUUUUGGAGUUAAGGUUAGUUUAAAUAUGUCUUUUUAUUUCAUAUGUAUACAAAUGUAAUAAAUGAUUUUCAGUCUAUAAAUAUCACAUUGUGUAUUCAUUUUGGAAUACAGUAUGUUACAUAAUCCAGUAUUUACUGUACGUCUGGGAAAAAGGUAAUGAAACUUUAGUUGUAAAGUACAGACUUCUGUAACCCUUCCAUAUAUUUAAUUGAAAUAUUAGUUAAUUAGGCCCCGUCCACACAUGUCUGGAAAUUUUUGUAUCCGCAAUUUUUUUUUACAGAUACGGGUUGCGUCCACACGUGUCCGCAAAUUUUUGUGUCUGUAUCCGCAAAUUCUACAAAAACGGACAUGUGUGGAUGGUGAAAAGGAUUCGAAUAUGCUGCGUGUAGAGGCAAACAUUUUCGUAUCCGCAAAAAAAAAUUUGCGGAUACAAAAAUUUCCGGAUACAUGUGGACAGGGCCUUAGUUAUUCUUGGUAAAUUCCCCUCCCCCCCAUUAAGCUCGUCCCCUGCUCUUUGCCUUCCUAAUUUUAUUUCUAGUUCAUAAGAAAUACGACAAAUGUAUGUUCAAUUUAUAAAUGAUUACAGUAUAAAUAAAUAUGAAAUGUUA